AGCAGCAAAUUUCAGAUGAUAAUAACCGAAUUCAAAUACUAUUUGAUAUUCCAAUUAAAUAUCCAAAACAACCAAUUAAUUUACGUGUAAUAAAUUCAUUAUACGAUAAUGAGAAAGAAAUUACCGAACUACAAAAACAACUUGAAGCUCGUGCUAUAGAAUUAGCUGAGCAGGAAGAAUUUGCCAUGUAUGAGAUAGCAGAAUUUAGUCGAACUUGGCUUUGGGAACAUGAAAAUAAUCGUAAAACAUUUAAAAGAGAAUUUUGGUUGGGCGAAUGGAUGAGUCGUGCUCUGGAUUGGCGUAUCGAAUCAUAUUCACCUGCUCGCAUUACGCAAGUGCAAUUCGAGGCAGAAAGAAAGGUUGUAGAGAAGUGUGAUGAAUUAAUUGGUAUUAUUGUUUCCGUCGCACAAGCUCGAAGUUAUUUACGGUCGAAUCUUUGGAAUAUUGAGAAGUCAGUUGAUAUGUUAAAGGAAGAUUAUAAAAAAGGAAAAUUUCAGGAAACUACAAAGAUGAUUAAUGACGAAAUCGAAAAUUUUAUCGACAAUUUCGACGAAAACACAACAGAAAAUCCUUUGAAAACAUGUGCUAUUUGUUUCGACGACUUCCCAACAAAUGAGACUACGAUAUUUGCACCAUGUAAACAUGUUGUUUGCAAUGAUUGCUUUAUUCGAUAUCUCACGAUUAAAGUUUCCGAAAAACAAGUUUUCGAAAUUUAUUGUCCUGGAGAAUCGAAAUGCAAAGUUCUUGUGGAUCCAAUCACUAUUGGAUGGAUGCUAUCCAAUGAGUUAAUCGCGAAAUAUUAUACAUGGCUUCGAGAUUCGUUUAUUCAACUGCAGCAAAAUUCGCUAAGUAAGAAAUAUUUGUGGUGUAUUGAUAGGAAAUGUAAGCACGCUAUUUCGCAUAAAGCACCCAUGAAUAGCAACAACUACAACAAUGGACUUUUACAUUGUCACGGAUGUAACUCAACAUGGUGUCAAACAUGUGAAAGAAAUGGUGGGCAUUGGCCAGCUACUUGUAAAGACUAUCAACAUUAUGCUCAAAUCAAUCAUACAGUCAAUAUAUCUAUACCAAAAUCGGUUCCUUCAGACCUUUCCACGAAACCAUGUCCAAAAUGUGGAAUCCCGGUGGCGAAAAACGGUGGAUGUAUGCACAUGGUUUGCGCAUUAUGUAAAUUCAAUUAUUGUUGGGGAUGUGGAAUUGAUUGGAGUUCGAGAACUCAUACCAGAUUUUAUGAAUGUGACAAAGAGACUUUCCAUAUAAAUUCAACCUUUGAAUUGUUCGAAAUUGACGAUAUCCAAACAACACCUGGCCAAUUUCAAAAAAACUUUAAACGUGGGGUAUUACUUUAUACAACAGGCGUAGAAUCUCACACAGCAAAACUCGAUUUAAUCUACAAACAAUUUCAAAAUCAGAAGCGUGAAGAGCCUCUUCUACUGUUACAAAUAAGAUUGGCUUCUCUUUUAGUGCAAAUUAAUUAUAUUUUAAAAUAUGCUUCGAUGUCAUUUUUCGCUCGUGCCGAGAAAGUCACCCCUGCAGUUCGAAAUGCCGUUGAGGUUAGUCAACGAGUUUCGUUUGGAUUGCUUGCGCUUGAAUCGUUGGAAGUAAGAGUCUUGGAGGUUGUUCGUUUGAGGUUUGGCCAUGGGGGAGGUAACGGUGCUGGAGGGUCAAAAGAUCGUGCUCCUCCAUUACAAGAUAAACUAUUUGAUUUCCAGCAAGAGUUUGAAAAAUGUAAUGUUCAGAUUAAGAGUAACGUUAAACGAUUGGUUAAUUCAUUAAGUAAUUUAGAUAAAUGA